UCAGAGUGGUUUGAUCUCAUACUGUGCCUCGUGGCCGUGACGAUGUAUCUUCUACAUCUUGUUUGGCAGUAAAUCAAUUCAUUUUGCUUCUGAGCUAACCUGCAAGAGAUCCUUGCAAGGAAACUCGGGGUUGGAAUGGAAGUUUUAACAGCAGAUGUAAGCAGGGAUGGGCCCUUGAUAGCAAAACACUCUCAGAGUAGGGUGAAAAUCCCAAAAUUCUGGAUCAAGGCAGGAAGAGGAAGCGAAGCAGGAAGAGUUCCCACGACAUAAAGCAGUUCAAAGAAGUGAAAAGUGCUGGCUUGGUUUUGAUUGUUUUUGUUGUUCUAGAUCUUUCGGGAAUUAGCAUGGAUUUGCUGGGCCCAACAAACACUUGCUUUGGAUUUGAUCUUUUCAAAGAACUGAGUAAAAAAAGGGGUGACAACAUCUUCUUUUCCCCUGCGGGUAUCUCAGCGGCCAUCGGGAUGCUCCUCCUGGGAACGCGAGGAGCCACUGCCGCCCAGUUAGAGAAGGUGCUUUUCUUGGAAAAAGACACAGAAAGCUCAAGAAUCAAAACUGAAGGAAAAGAGUCAGAGAAGACAGAAGAGAUACAUCACCAGUUCCAAAGGUUUUUGAAUGAGAUAAGCAAGCUCACUGAUGAUUAUGAACUGAAGGUAGUCAACAGGCUGUUUGGAGAAAAGACAUACCUCUUCCUUCAGAAAUACUUGGAUUAUGUUGAAAAAUAUUACCAUGCUUCUUUGGAACCUGUAGAUUUUUUAAAUGCAGCAGAUGAAAGUCGAAAGAAGAUUAAUUCCUGGGUUGAAAGCCAAACACAUGAAAAAAUCAAGGACCUGUUUGCAAACGGCUCUUUGAGCUCCUCCACCAAGCUGGUGGUGGUGAAUGUAGUUUAUUUUAAAGGGCAGUGGGACAGAGAGUUUGCAAAAGAAGAUACCCAGGAGGAGGAAUUUUGGCUGAAUAAGAGCACAAGCAAAUCUGUGCUGAUGAUGACACAGCACCAGUCCUUCAGCUUCAUGAUCCUGGAGGACUUGCAAGCCAAAAUUCUGGGGAUUCCAUAUAAAAACAAUGACCUAAGUAUGUUCGUGUUGCUGCCCGAUGACAUAGAUGGUCUGGAGAAGAUUAUAGAUAAAAUAACUCCCAGUGAAUUAAUUGAGUGGACUAGCCCAGGGCAUAUGGAAGAAAGGACCGUAAACUUGCACUUGCCCCGGUUUGAAGUGGAGGAUAGUUAUGACAUGGAGGCUGUCCUGGCAGCCAUGGGGAUGGCGGACGCCUUCAAUGAGCAGCAAGCCGACUCUUUGGGGAUGUCCUCACCCUCCAGGCUGCAUGCCCAGAAGUUCCUGCACAGGUCCUUUGUGGAGGUCAGCGAGGAAGGCACAGAGGCGGCAGCUGCCACUGGCAUAAGCUUUGCCAUGACCUCAGCCCCAGAUUACGAAAAAUUUCACUGCAAUCACCCUUUCCUGUUCUUCAUCAGGCACAAUGAGGCUGACAGCGUCCUCUUUUUUGGCCGAUUUUCUUCUCCUUAGGAGAGUCACUGGCAGAAAACAACCAUCACCAGUGCUGAAGUAUUAAUAUGAUUAUGAAAAUGGCCCAUUCUUUUUAAAAUUUGUUUUACUUGCAUUUCAAUCUUACCAUCAAAAAUUGAUGAUUUAAUGACUGUAAUAGUGUGUGUGUGUGUUUAUACUUUUCCUUGAGACUGAAGUGUCCUUUGGUUGUGCGAUGCCUAUAGUACAUCAAGGCUCCUUAAUAAUCUUCCAUUGAUUUCUUCUGAAAGUAAAUCAAUGUCUUGUAGUUCUGUGCACUAAUGGAGAGAAAAUCUCCUCAAUAAAGACUAUGGACUAGUGAUCUGGGGACUCCCAGCAGUCCUAAUAUUUUGGUAUAUUUUAAUGCAGAAGUAAAAUAAAACAAAAAUUACUCAA